AAGUCAGCCCCGUCGCCCCCGCGCCCACCCCCCGUCCUUCGGAAAAACGCCCGAGUCGCCUAGCACGCGAGCAAGCAGUUGAACCAUGGACUUCUCCAAGCGUAUGAAGGAUUUGAUCCUGCCGCCGUCGCCCCCGACCAUCAAGCCGAGCGCCAAUUCGUCGGCUGCUGCUACGACCACGACGGUGCAGUUGGGUAAUGCGGCUCCUCCGGCCAUGAACGUGCUCGACCUGAACGAGCACAAGGGCGUGCGUCGUGCCCCCAUCAAGGAGGACGCGGUGGAACCUGGCGACCUGGACAGCACGCAGCACGUGCGCGUGCCCAAGAACAACCAGACCCGAGCCAUGAUCACCAAGGCGCUCAAGGCGCACUACCUCUUCAGCUCGCUGGACCAGGGCGAGAUCGACGAGAUGAUCGACGUCAUGGCCAUGGUCACCAUUCAGGCGGGCGAGGCGGUGAUCGCCCAGGGCACGUCGGGCAAGUGCUUCUACGUGCUGGAGAGCGGCAACUGCGACAUCGUGAUCGAUGGCAAGCUCGUGGGCACCUACACGAACGGCGACGCCUUCGGUGAGCUGGCGUUGCUCUACAACUGCCCGCGCGCGGCCACGAUCCGCGCCACCACGGGCUGCAUCCUGUGGACGGUAGAACGCACUACCUUCCGCAAGAUCAUGGCCACGACUGCGUCGGCCACGCAGCUCGCGCGAGUCAACUUCCUCAAGAACGUCGAGCUGCUGCAGCGUCUGAGCAACAACCAGCUGCAGAAGGUGGCGGCGGCGCUCAAGCUGCAGCGCUUCAACGAUGGCGACUACAUCAUCCGACAGGGUGAGGACGGCAACACGUUCUACAUCAUCGUGGAGGGCACGGUGCGCUGCACGAGUAGAACCGGAAGCGGCGACGAAGCCGAGAAGGAGCUCAUGACGCUCCAGCGCGGCAACUACUUCGGAGAGAUGGCACUCGUGCUCAACGAGCCUCGCCAGGCCAACUGCAUCGCGGUGGGUCCUGUGGACUGCUACGUCAUGGACCGCGCCGAGUUCACCAAGCUGCUGGGUCCGCUGCGCUCGCUGAUCGACCGUCAGAUGCGCAUCCGCGUGCUGCGUAGCGUGCCGCUGCUGUCUUCAUUGACCGACGACGAGCUGGACAUCCUCGCACACGCACUCAACGUCGUCUCGUUCGAGGACAAGAGCACCAUUAUCAAGGAAGGUGACGCCGCGGACACGUUCUACAUGAUCUCGGACGGCAAGGUGAGCGUGCGCAAGUCGGGCUUCGAGAUCAUGCAGCUCCGUUCGGGCGAGUUCUUCGGCGAACGCGCUCUACUGGCGAACGAGCCUCGUGCUGCGGACUGCGUUGCGGUCGGUAGAGUGGAAUGCCUCACGCUUCAACGCGCCGCGUUCGAGCAGCUUCUGGGCAAGCUCGACCACAUCAUGCAGCGUGAGAUCCAACGCCAGCAGCUCGUGCAGCAGUCGGUUCUCGGUGGACGCAGCGACGUCCGUCCGGGAUCCGCUACCCCCGCAGCUCCGGCGGCCAAGAAGAUCCUGUACAAGGACCUCGAGAAGAUCCGCACCAUCGGCACGGGCACCUUCGGCCGCGUGAUCAUCGUUCGCCACCGCCCCACCAACCAGGCGUUCGCGCUCAAGUGCAUGUCCAAGGCGCUGAUCGUCGAGACCCACCAGCAGAAGAACGUCAUGUACGAGAAGGGCAUCAUCGCCGAGUGCGACCACCCGUUCAUCCUCAAGCUGCAUGAGACGUACCAGGACGCCAACCAGCUCUACAUGCUGUUCGAGCUGGUGCAGGGCGGUGAGUUGUGGAGUCUGCUCUACGAGAAGGCCUUCAAGGUGGCCAAGGGCGUCUGUGGCGCGUUCGACGUCUCGGCCGCGAGGUUCUACACUGCCAACGUGGUCGAGGCCCUCCGCUACCUGCAGAAGAUGACGGUGGCCUACCGCGACCUCAAGCCCGAGAACCUGGUCAUCGACAGCGCCGGCUACCUCAAGAUGGUCGACUUCGGCUUCGCCAAGCACGUGCCGUACUACCGCAAUGGUGCGCUCUACGAACGCUCCUUCACCUUGUGCGGAACUCCUGAGUAUCUCGCCCCCGAGCUGGUGCUCAACAAGGGCCACGGCAAGGCGGUGGACCACUGGGCGCUUGGUUGCCUGCUCUACGAGCUCAUCGCCGGCCGCACGCCAUUCCAGCACAACGACCAGAACAAGAUCUUCGAGAAGAUCCUGCAGGGCCGCGCCAUGGUCAAGUUCCCGCCCAAGUUCGACCCGGACGCUAGGGACCUGGUCAUGAAGCUGCUGGAGACCAACCCGGCGCUGCGCAUUGGCUCGCUGGCUGGCGGCAUGCAGGACGUGGUGAACCACCCCUUCUUCACGAACGCCAAGUUCGACUGGGCCGCGAUGGUCAAGAAGACGAUGAAGGCGCCGUACACCCCGGCCAUCAAGGACGCGUUCGAUGCCGGCAACUUCGACGCCUACCCGGAAGACACCAAGAUCCGGCAGUUCACGGGCAGCGACACGUUCGAAGGCUUCUAAGGAGAGAGGCGUAUCUAAGACCAAGACAAGACCGACUCAAUCAAUAACUAACCGCCCGCAGAGGAGCCUUAGACUAUGAAGCAGAAAGCUGUGUAACAAUAUACUUACUUGGAGGUC